CGUUUCCGCUCCUCCAUUCACUCGGAAACUACUUAAUACUGUUUGCUUCACUUCUCUUAACAGACCUAACUGCUCUUUGAUCCUUCAUUUUCUUCGCAUAAUCCAACAAAUAUAUUUGAAAAAUGGUUAUAUCCAAAGAGAAUAACGUAGGCCCCACAAAUGUGCGAGGUGGAGGACGCAAUAGAAGAGCUCUAAGUGUGAUCAAUCAUGAUCUACAUAGUUAUGCUGCGAAAAAGCGAGGAUUUGCAAAAGUGGGAGGGGUUUGUAACAAUGGAGCUGGAUUUUCUGGACAUAGGCCAACUGUUAGGAACUCGGCUGCUGUGAUGGCAGUGCAGCGGCAUCCUAGUGUGGAGGAAGCGAUUAAGUUGAAGACAUCUGAGCAUGAGUCCGCGGUAUUGGAGGACAUUGCUUUGACAGAUGUUGAAGUUGAUCAUGAGCCAGUGCCAAUGUCGUUGGAGCAUUCGGAAAUUGAAAUGAGAGACAAGGAUCAAAUGGAGGAGGUUGAAAUGGAGGACAUAUUUGAAGACACAAGUACAGACAUCGAUGCUUGCGAUGCAAAGAAUCCGCUUGGUGUUGUGGACUAUGUUGAGGAUCUAUAUGCUUAUUACAAGAAAAUGGAGGGUGCGAGCCAUGUCUUGCCUGAAUAUAUGUCACAACAACCGGACAUAAAUGAAAGAAUGAGGGCCAUCCUAAUCGACUGGCUCAUAGAGGUGCACCACAAAUUCGAUCUGAGGAAAGAGACGUUGUUUCUAACAGUAAAUCUGAUUGAUCGAUUCUUAGCAAAGCAAUCGGUGGUGAGAAAGGAGCUGCAGCUUAUCGGUCUAGUAGCAAUGCUCUUGGCUUGCAAAUAUGAGGAAGUUGCAGUUCCGGUUGUGGAGGACUUAGUUUUUAUAUCGGAUAAGGCUUACGAGAGGAAAGAAGUGCUCAAAAUGGAGAAGUUGAUGCUCAAUACUCUGCAGUUCAACAUGUCAACCCCGACUGCGUAUGUUUUCAUGUUGAGAUUCCUCAAGGCGGCCAAGUCCGACAGCAAGCUCGAGCUACUCUCAUACUUCUUGAUUGAACUUUGUCUGGUGGAAUACGAGAUGCUCAAGUAUCCCCCGUCGUUCCUGGCUGCUGCAGCGAUAUACACGGCCCAGUGUUCGAUCCAUGGCGUCGCACAGUGGAGCAAGACAUGCGAGUGGCACACUAGCUACUUAGAGGAUCAACUACUGGAAUGUUCGAGGAUGAUCGUGGGGUUCCACCAGAAGGCGGCUGCCGGGAAACUCACUGGAGUUCAUAGAAAAUACAAUACGGCUAAGUUUGGAUAUGCGGCAAGAUGCAAACCUGCAGAUUUUCUUGUACAGUAGGCAAAAUAUGUAACAGAAUAAUGAGAUAGUCCUUGCAACACAACGCGUUGCGUGGCUAUUAAAUUUGUUCAUUAAUCAUUGACAUGUAACUUUCUGAUUUUGUACUUAUUUUUAUUAAUAAUUGUAAUUAUCUAUUCUCUCAUAGGAGAAUGUAUUUCA